AUGGCUAGUCCUCCUGUUCUAGCUUUCGACGCCGAGGGCCGUCCGGUCAAAUUCGAAACCUGGCUAGAUGACCUGCACCUUUUCCUACAGCUCACUGCCAAGGAAGAUAUUACACUGUACGACCACGCUCUCGGCCAUGCGACCGCCCCACUCGCUACUGCCCCCCCAGCUGAGCGCUCACAGUGGCAGACCCGUGACGCGCACGCUCGCUUUGCUAUUCGCAACUCCCUGCCGCUAGAUGAGCGCGAGCACUUCGGCCAGUGCAAGACUGCUAAGGACCUCUACACAGCUGUAGUGGCCCGCUACUCCUCACCCGCUUCUGCCACACUAGGCCGCCUCACUCUCCCCUACCUGUUCCCCGACCUAGCCUCUUUUCACACUGUCGCAGACCUCAUCACCCACCUUAAGACUAGUGAGGCUCGCUUUCGCGCUGCCAUGCCUGAUGAGUUCCUCGCUAGCAACCCCCCCCCGCUCUGGAUCACUCUCUACCACGUUGUCACCCGCCUCCCUGACUCUCUGCGCCCUGUCAGGGACCAGUUCCUCUCUCGCUCCCCCACUGAGCUCACCAUAGCCCUCCUCGAGAAGGAACUGCUUGCAGCCGAGGCUAGUAUCGUCGCUGUAGGCACCUCUCGUGGCGACCCCCGCGGCCCCUUCUUCGAGGGGUGCUCCCCUUCCCCCCUCCUCCCCUCUGUCGCCUCUGCUGCUGCUGUCGACCUCCUUGGUGCUGAGAAGGUCGGGGCUGCGUCUGCUUCAGGCGGACGACGCAGGGGCAGGAGUGGCAGGAGUGGGGGUGGUGGCGGAGGAGGCGGGGGUGGAGGUGGUGGCGGUGGAGGUGCGACUGGAGAGGCUAGUGGCGGCGGUGGUGGAGGUGACAGCGGAGGCGGAGGUGGUCGUGGCAGCGGCAGGGGUGGAGGUGGCCGGGGCGGAGGCGGAGGGGGUGGUGGUCGUGGAGGCCCGGGGGGCGGUCAGAGUCAGCAGCCUGCCCCGACCCUUCAGGCCGCCCGUGAGUGGUAUGCGCGGCGCAGCGUCACCUGCCAGUACGUUAUUCGUACAGGUGACCGCACUGGCCAGACGUGUGGGGGGCCGCACCAGACGGAGCGCUGCUUCGCCCGCCUCAACGAUGCGUGGCGCACUCAGUUUCCUGGUGGGGGUGAGCUGCCGCGCUGGGCUGAUCUGCUCAGGAAGGGUGUUGAUAUUUGGGCACUUGACUUUGAUGCUAUUCUCACUGCCAUGUAUGCGAUGUCUAUUAGUGGAGAGGGUGCUCAGUACUUGCGUGUUCCGCCCGACCCGGGCAUUCAGGCCAGCCCCGCUGCUGCUCUAGGUGCUAGUGUGUCUGCUUCCACAGGUACUUCUGCAGCUGCUGCUCUAGGUGCUUGUGCGUCUGUGCCCCCUGGUACUGAGUCGACUGCAGCACUGCACACCUUCACACUGGACUCAGGUGCUUCUCGCUCUUUCUUUCGUGACCGCACUGUCCUUGAGCCUCUAGCUCGGCCGGUUGCUGUCUCUCUUGCUGACCCCUCUGGGGGUCCGGUCCUUGCGACCUCCUCCACCACCCUUCCGUGUCCAGCGGUUCCGUCCGGCACGCUCUCAGGUCUCUACCUCCCCUCGUUCUCCACGAACUUGGUGGCAGGUAGUGCGCUCCAGGACUCGGGUGUUCACCAGUUCACCCCUGCCUACGAGCGUGUGACUCACUGCACGUGUGCUCGGACGGGCCGCCACCUAGCUACUUUCACUCGAGAGCCGGGGUCUGACCUGUACACACUGACCACUGAGUCCCCUCAGGUAGCUGCGUCUGCGUCAGCGUCAGGUCAGCUGUCCGCCCCCUGCUCGUGUCGCUCUCUGGCGAACGACACCGUCCUCUGGCACCACCGCCUUGGUCACCCGUCUGUGCAGCGCCUGCGGGCCAUGCACAAACGGGACCUUGUUGCUGGUCUUCCCAGGGUGCUCCCUCCCCUUCCUGACUCCCCUGCUCCUGACUGCAUUCCCUGUGUCGAGGGGCGGCAGCGCGCCGCUCCUCACUCCUCCUCCUUUCCCCCGACGACCGCUCCCCUGCAGACGCUCCACAUGGACGUGUGGGGCCCGGCCCGCGUCCGUGGUCAGGGUCAGGAGAGGUACUUCCUGAUAGUUGUUGACGACUACUCGCGCUACACCACGGUCUUCCCCUUGCGCGCCAAGGGUGACGUCCCUGGUGUUUUGAUCCCCUGGAUCAGCCGAGCCCGUCUCCAGCUAGGCGAGCGCUUUCACUCGGACUUUCCUGUCCUGCGCUUGCACUCUGACAGGGGUGGUGAGUUCGCCUCCGACCUCUUGGCAGCCUACUGUGCUGAGCACGGCAUUGAGCAGUCGUACACGCUUCCGGCCUCUCCACAGCAGAAUGGGGUUGCUGAGCGCCGCAUUGGCUUAGUCAUGGAGGUCGCUCGUACCUCCCUGACCCAUGCGGCUGCUCCCCACUUUCUGUGGCCGUUUGCGGUCCGGUACGCAGCGCAUCAGCUCAACCUCUGGCCCCGUGUCUCCUUGCCGGAGACUUCCCCGACUCUACGGUGGACGGGAGAGGUUGGCGAUGCGUCGCGUUUCCGGGUCUGGGGAUCUCGAGCCUUUGUCCGCGACACGUCCGCGGACAAGCUCUCGCGUCGCACUGUUCCCUGUGUCUUUCUUGGCUUUGUUCCCGACGCGCCUGGAUGGCAGUUUUACCACGUCACCUCGCGCCGGGUUCUGGCCUCUCAGGACGUCACUUUUGACGAGUCCGUCCCCUUCUACCGCCUCUUCCCCUACCGCACUGCCCCGCUCCCCCCCCGCCUCUCUUCCUCGCUCCAGGUAGACCCGGGUGAGCCUGUCGAGGUAGCUGUUGACUCGCGUCCUGCGUCUGGGGGUGCUGAGCCUGGGAGUGCUGCGUCUGAGGGUGCGGAGCCUGGGGGUGCUGAGCCUGGAGGUGCGGAGCCUGGAGGUGCGGAGCCUGGAGGUGCGGAGCCUGGAGGUACUGAGCCUGGGGGUGCUGAGCCUGGACGUGCUGAGACUGGGGGUGCUGAGUCUGGGGGUGCUGAGUCUAGGGGUGCUGAGCCUGAGCGUGCUCCACCUGGAGGAGCCCUCUCCUCCCAGCAGCUGCAGGAGAGGUACCUCGAGUACUGCCGCCUCCGGAGAGGUGCUUCUGGAGCUCGUCCCGGUACUUCCCCUCCUACCCAGGAGCUCCCCCCCAUUCAGGUGAUCCGCGAGUGGUACACGCGGCGCUGCAGUCUUCGGAGUGGUGCUCCUGGUGCUGCGGACCCGAGCGGUGGUGCUGUUGCUGGUGCUGAGGACCCGGACGCUGGAGCUGCUGCUGGUGCUGAGGACCCGGGGGCUGGAGCUGCUGCUGGUGCUGAGGACCCGGGCGUUGGAGCUGCUGCUGGUGCUGAGGACCCGACCGGUGGUGCUGCUGCUGGUGCUGCGGACCCGGGCGUUGGAGCUGCUACUGGUGCUGAGGACCCGGACGUUGGGGCUGCCACUGGUGUCCCUGCUGCUUCUGGAGACGCUGCGCGGCCGCGACCGUACUUCGUACCGCUCCUUCAGCAGGUUCUUGGUCAGGCUCCUCCUCCUUGUCCUCCUCCCUCCGUCGAGUGUCCUCUGCCUGUCCAGCCGCAGUCACAGUUACCGCCUGUCUCGCCUCUCCCUGCUCCCUCCCCUUACGCUGGUCCCACAGGAGGUCUUACAGAGCGUCGUGAGCCUGAGUCUCGUCCUGCGUCGCCUGUUCGUACUGCUCGCACUGGUCGUCGUGUCCCACGUGAGCGUCCUCCUCCUGUCCCUGGCACUCACUACAUGACUCUGCGUCCCUCCACUGCUCCGCAGCGUGUCCCGCUGCCGUCUCCUCCUGCGUCCUCUCUUCCUACUCUUCCUGACCCGGAGUCUGACUCCCGUCGUGCUGCCAGUCCCACUGUUACGCGUCUCCUCGCUACAGUUGUCACUGACCCGACCUUUGAGUCCUCUGCUGCGUCUGCCCUGGUCGCUGAGUUGGUUGACUUUGCUGCUCGCUGUCGCCUAGACUACGCUGCCAGCCUUGUCGCUAGGUCUGAGUCUGCGUCUGCCUGUCCUCCGUCCGUCGGGGGUGAGUGUGCCCUCGGCACGGACGUCCUUGAGGACAGACAGGAGGAGUUCCACUGCCUUGCUGCUGCUUUGCCCCGUCUCGUGUCCUUGCUAGUUGCCCCUGAGGGAGACCCGGAUGCACCAGACAUCCCGACCCCACGCUCUUACGCUGAGGCGAUGGCGGGUCCCUACUCCUCUCAGUGGCAGACAGCCAUGGACGCAGAGAUGGCCUCCUGGAAGUCCACAGGCACCUACGUAGACGAGGUUCCCCCUCCUGGGGCGAACAUCGUCAGUGGCAUGUGGAUUUUCAGGGUGAAGCGGCCUCCGGGUUCUCCACCUGUCUUCAAGGCGCGCUACGUGGCUCGAGGCUUCAGUCAGCGAGAGGGAGUAGACUUCUUUCAGACCUUCUCCCCCACCCCGAAGAUGACUACUCUUCGGGUGCUGCUGCACAUAGCCGCUCACCGCGACUACGAGCUUCACUCUCUUGACUUCAGCACUGCUUUCUUGCAGGGCAGCCUGCACGAGGAGAUCUGGCUGCGCCGCCCCCCUGGCUUCACUGGGUCAUUUCCUCCUGGCACCCAGUGGAGGCUUCAGCGGCCGGUCUACGGUCUCCGCCAGGCGCCACGUGAGUGGCACGACACACUGAGGACGACACUUGCGGCUCUUGGGUUCGCUCCCUCUACUGCUGACCCGUCGCUGUUUCUACGCACCGACACCUCGCUGCCGCCGUUCUACAUCCUCGUGUACGUCGACGACUUGGUCUUUGCCACUGCUGACACCGCGGCACUCGCUCACGUGAAGUCGGAACUGCAGAGGAGACACACGUGCACAGACCUGGGUGAGCUGACGAGCUAUCUUGGCUUGCGGAUCACCCGGGACAGAGCACGGCGCACCAUCACCCUGACUCAGUCACACAUGGUGCAGCAGGUUCUCCAGCGCUUCCGCUUCACGUACUCCUCGCCUCAGUCCACUCCUCUGCCUACCGGUCACUCGCUCUCAGCUCUGCCUUCGGAUGAGUCCGUAGAGCCGAGUGGCCCGUAUCCAGAGCUUGUGGGCUGCCUCAUGUACCUGAUGACCUGCACUCGACCUGACCUUGCAUACCCUCUUAGCAUCCUAGCACGCUAUGUCGCUCCUGGCCGUCACCGGAAGGAGCACAUGGAUGCUGCUAAGAGGGUGUUGCGCUACUUGUGCAGUACGUCGGGCAUGGGGCUUGUGCUUGGAGGGCGAGACCGGGUUGUUCUCACAGGGCACUCAGACGCUUCUUGGGCAGACGACCAGGCUACUCAGCGGUCGUCCCAGGGUUACACCUUCAGCCUUGGCUCUGGCUCAGUUUCUUGGCGUUCUACUCGCUCUUCUUCUGUUCUCAGCUCCAGUUGUGAGGCUGAGAUCUACGCCACAGCCAUGGCUGCUCAGGAGCUACGCUGGCUGACCUACCUGCUGACCGACCUCGGAGAGCGGCCUCGUUCUCCUCCAGUGCUGUACGUCGACAACAAGGCUGCCAUUGCCUUGUGUGAGGAGCACAGACUGGAGCACAGAACGAAGCACAUCGCUCUGCGGUACUUCCUUGCUCGAGAGCUGCAGCAGCGUGGUCAGCUGUGUCUGCGUUACGUGGCCACGGAGGCCAACACUGCUGAUGUGUUCACCAAGGCGCUUCAGCCUUGUGACCAUCAGCGCUUUUGCACUCUACUAGGCCUUGUACCUACUGGGCCUCACUUGCUUACCUCUUGA